AGUGCGGAAGUACUCGUUUCAUUAGCAAGUUAAUGAACCGAAUAGUCUAGCAGGAUAAUUAGAAUGGUUUUAUAGGGAAGAAUACAUUUAAGAACGAUUUACACGGAGAUUACGGCUAGCAUAUUACGAGAAGAGAGGGAGAAAGAGGUAACACCUUCGUACAAAAUCGAUUGGCUACAUUGAUCACUGUUCUUUAUAAUUAAAAAAAAAAAAAAAAAAAAAAUAGGGCCAAGCAAAAGAGUGAGAUGUAAAACGAUCGCGUGUAGGUAAUCGUUUUGACCGCACUUCCGUGCUCAUGGAAUAAUUAUAGAUGGGUUUAAAAUGUAGAGUUCUGUUGAACUUUACAUAAUUGUAUUUUAUUAUGUGCUGAUUUUACCUCUAGACGAAUUAGAUCGAAAUUAAUUCAAAGAAGAUCGCGAAAGUGAGAUGAGUCGUUAUGAAAACGAUCUAAUUUAACCUCCUUUCUAUUUUUUGUCCUCGCUCUUCUUAUUCUUUCUUUCGUAGGAUUUAUCUCUCUGCUUAUGAAGAAACAAUAUCUCGUUCUUUCUCUUUCCUUUUUAUAUUUUUUUAUAUUUUUUUUCAACGAAAUUUAUUCGUAACAGAUCGAAAGUGAGAUUGAUCGGUAUGAAAACGAUAUAAUUUGAUCUUCUUUCAUACACACACACACACAUGUAUAUGUAUAUACGUCUUUUUUCUUAAUCUUCUUAGUAUAUUUCAUUUCUUUUUUUUUUUAACGAAUUCAUAUCCGGAAAAGAAAAAUAUCAUUUUUUAAAAGUUGACAACCUUUCACUCGUAUAAACGAAACCUCAUCUCUUUCAAAUGGUAAAAGACGAAAUUCAUUUCUUCGAUCAGUUCUUUGCUUUUACUUCGAUACACAGUUGCAGACUUUUGUAUGUAGACUAAGCCGACACAGUUAUCAUACACACGAUGUAAUUCAGAGGUGAAUUGUAGCUUGUCGGACUAUGCAAGUGGUAGGGAUAAAAGCUAUAUAAGCGAACGUAAGUCAGCAUUGGUUUUAUAGUAGAGCUAAGUUCUCUUUGUGUUGUGUGUGAACUUUUUCUAGCUCUUAAACAUGAAACUUUGUACGAUACUUUACUUACUCUUCGUUGUUGCCAAUGGUGAAAAAAAAAUUAAUUUGGAAGAUAUCGAGAGGGACAAUCUCAAAGCCGAAAGUAGAUCGAAGUCGGACGAAACGAAGUAUUCGUUGAAGCCAGAAAUAAAUCAACAACAUUAUUCUACUUCCACUUAUGUAACACCACAACCAGUUCCAAAUGUACCACCGGAAGAGUACAGACAAUCUAACAAAUAUUCACCGAAUGAAAUAAUUUAUCAGCAAAGUAGUCAGCCAUUGCAACAAUACACCGAAUAUCAACAACAAACUGGCGUUGCAUCGAAAAACCUUCCAACGAUUUAUAAUUCUCAACAAUCGAUUUAUCAGCCAGAAAUUAACGUUGGUAAUCAGGUGCAAAGUUUUCAACAAAAAGCUAUAACGCAUAAAUUUAUUAAAGGUCCGAACAAAGAAAACUUUUACAUAGAUAUUCCUAUGGGGCAUUUUUUAUCCUAUUAUCCACACGUCGAUCUGAGUAACUUAAAUGGUGGAAAAAUUCAACCCUCCUUUCAAGAAUUAACGCAGGCCCAACAGAUUUCGAUUCCUUUUUAUACUCCGUUAUUGAGUCAGAAACAAUUGAUCACUCCGGUGAAGAUGACUUAUCAAAUUUUACCACAAUAUACCUUAAGGCAACCUAUUCCGGUAUCAGCCACGUUAUUCCCUAAGUUCUCGAAGGGUCCGAUUUAUGCAUCGAUUACUUCGAAGAAACCAAUUGCACCUGUUUACGAACAGCCGGAACAAUCAUAUACUCAAGGAAAACAAUUGUUAUACACGCAAGCUUACAUUACUCAGUCACAUUCACAACAACAACAACAACAACAACAACAACAACAACAACAACAGCAGCAGCAACAUGUUUCUCCAGUAAUAUAUAAUCAAGGCAAUACCCUAUACACGCAAACGACGCCCCUUCAGGCAGAUCUUUACGUUCGAUCACCUAUUUACGUACAAGAUAAUUCUCUUCAUGGUCAAAUAAAUCAAUACAGUGGCCAAACGGAGCAAUCGUAUCUUUCGUCAGCAUCUGAUCAACAACUGCCAAAGCAAAUCUUGCGUCAAGAGGAAAGUCAAAGCGUUUCGCAAAAUUACGUCAAGGUUCCCGAUGAACCAAAUACAGAUUUUGUUCCACCGCAAAUACCUCAUCAGACUUUCAAACCAGAUGUCACUCAAUUGAUACAAGUAUCUUCGGAAUCUGAAGAAUCUCCGCAAAUUAAAGAGCAUGUCGUUAGUUCCGAACCACGAUCGUUAUUGGAUACAUAUAUUCCGAGUAAUCUGAUUGCUGCACAAGAUUCGUCGAGAUACCGGGAGAGACCGUUGCACUUGGAAAGCGGCUUUCUUCCUUCGAAAACUAAUUUUGUACAAUACAAGAAACGUAAGACGCAAUAAUGGCGUAUAGGAUAUAGGACCAUCGAAAAAAAAAGUAAUACAUAUUAUACAUAGAUAUAUAAACGACUAACGAACUUCGAGGAGCAUCUGAUUUUUAUGUUAAAGAAAAAGAAAAAAAAAACAGAAAAAGAAAAUUAAAAAAAAGUUCGUUUGAUGAUACCUAAUAAAUAAUUUUAUCGUUUUAUUACAACGAACGAAGCGAUAAUCUUUCGAAGAUGUAAUGGCUUGACAUAAGAAGAAGCAACAUCGUAUCUAGUCCCUCAUCGAAAAUCACAAUACGUGUAAUUUUUGUAUUCGCUUUACUUAUUGUUUAUACGUAUGUAUACGCCGUGCAUUUGUUUGUCUUUUUUAAAUAAAAUAUAAUAAACUGAU